AGGUGGCACCAAGGUUUGCGGGCUCAGAGGCUACGCUGUGGUGCUUGUUCUGCAAGCGAAGGUCCUGGCUGGCAUAGAACAACUGCCCAAUGCACAUCCUCCCUGGACACCACUCGCUCCUCUUCCUCUACCCAUCUGGCGUCCCUGGGAGUUAGGAGGGGAUCCUGGCCAGCCCUGUUGCCCGGGAGACCAGGCAGAAACUGAUCCAGCCAAGGGGCGGCUUGAGGUAUGGGAAGGAGCACUGUGUAAGGAGUCGGGCCCCCAGAGUUCUAGUGCGGGCUCUCACUGUCACGCAGGGGCUACAAGUAAAACCGCCAGGUGCAGACUGAAUUCUACGACUUCUAAGGGCCAGGUCAGGAAAGAUACGGUCUCCUUUCUACCCCAAAUCUGGAGAGAGGUGGAUGGGGACCUGAUGCCCUAGUAGGGCUGAGUUGGGCGAAGGACCUGGGACCUGAAAGGUUUGGGGAACGUCCUGAACGCAAGGGGCUGAGGAAGGAGGGGCGGGCUCAGGGCAUUCUGGUCUCUGAUUGGCUGGACUGCCCGUCGCUCCGCCCCGUGUCCUAUAAGAUGCUCCCAUGCUGGUGCUGCGCUGGUGUGGGUGCUGCGGCCGCCUCUCUCUGCUCUUGUGCCUGGUGCCCAUCCUUCUUCAGGACCGACAGCCGCAGGCUGCCGGGGGGCGGGGGAUGCCGGGCUGCCGCAUCAGCGCCUGCGGCCCAGGGGCCCAGGAGGGGACUGCAGAACCGGGGUCCCCCCCAACGCCGCCCCGGGAGCCCCUGGCGUCUCCUCAGCCCCCGCCCCCAAGUCCAACCUUGACCCCGACUCCGGCUCAUUCCCCGCCUCGACCGGAGGCGGCCUUGGCGUCCGCGGGCGCGGCCGAGGGUCAGGAGCUGCAGCGCUGGCGCCAGGGCUCUAGUGGGGGUGCCAGUAUCCCCGGGCCGGCCGGAGGCGCAGGUGCGGCGACGGGCGCGGGGGGCCGCGCGCUGGAGCUGGCCGAGGCGCGGCGUCGGCUGCUGGAGGUGGAGGGCCGCCGGCGCCUGGUGUCGGAGCUGGAGAGCCGUGUGCUGCAGCUGCACCGCGUCUUUCUGGCGGCCGAGCUGCGCCUGGCGCACCGCGCCGAGAGCCUGAGCCGCCUGAGCGGCGGCGUGGCGCAGGCCGAGCUCUACCUGGCGGCCCACGGUUCGCGCCUCAAAAAGGGCUCGCGGCGCGGCCGCCGCGGCCGCCCGCCCGCGCUGCUCGCUUCGGCGCUGGGCCUGGGCAGCUGCGUGCCCUGGGGUGCCGGGCGGCUGCGGCGCGGCCACUGCCCCGAGCCCGAGUCGCCCUUCCGCCGCAGCCCGCCCCGCGGCCCCGCCUCACCGCAGCGCUGACCCCGCCGCCCGGGACGGGCCCUCGCCGACGGAUGGCGUCGCCUACGCGGAUGGACAGAGUGGCCGACGGCGGGAAGAGACAGUCCGGGGGCCAGGGGCCCAGGAAAGGAGGCUGAGCUCCUCCUAACUCCUUAGAGCUUCCACUCUAUGGAUCUGGACUCCAGGAUUCUGCUCCUUCCCUGGACAGCUCCUUCAGGAAGACUUCAAGAAUUGGCCCUACUCGGCCUCAGCACCCUCUUUAUGGAAGCCCUCACUUCCCAGUGGCAAGGGGCUGGGUUCUGGGGAACUGGUGCAUCCUAUGAAUUUUUAUGCCACAUUUGACUUUGCUUACACUGACAAUUGGAGAUGUUACCACAGGGCCCAGAGAUGCAAUCAGAUUAUUUGAGAGCACAGCAAACAUUUCUAAUGAAAAGGCUUUCUUUUAAAGAGAGUCAUCAUCCUUAAGCAAGUCUCAGCGUAGCUGGAGUCCACAUUUUGAUGGUGCCAGGAGGCCUGUUUGAGGGAAUACUGAGAAACACUCAGUUUCCCUCACUUACUGUCCUGUUCUCCCCAUGUAGGGUGUGCCUGUGCCCCCCACCCAGAUAAUCAUCUGCUGCCUUGGGAGGGGGGCAUCUCUUUCUCAGGAAGAGACGGGGGCAACAUAAAAUUCCAAGCAAAGUUUUAAAUGCAAAAAGGAAACACAUUUAUUCAAGUAUCCUGAUAAAGAGGGGACACAUUUACUCAUACAUAACCCAAAACUUGUAGAAUUCUGCAAAGUGAAUGUAUAUCAAAUCUGUCCCCUGACAUAGGCAUUUGGGAAGAAUAAAUUUCAAUAAUGUAAGAUGGAA